AUGUCGUUUCAACAUCAUGUCCCGGAACAGUACGGAAUUGCUAGUAGUGAUGUUCUCUUAAGACGAGACACAGGUGGGCGACCGCGGCGGGAGGGUGCCUCAUUGUUUGCGCCAGCCACUCAAGUUAAAACCAUGCCAUCAUCCUUUGAUACUUGUUUACCUUGGCUCGAGUUCCGUGACAAUAGUGGAGUGCUGGUGGAGACCCCGGUGGGUGGCCCGCAUGCGCUCUUUCCAGCAGCUGCUGUGAUCAUGGGAGGCCGAACUAUGGCUGCAAAAUCUGACAACACAAACUCCAAUUUUCCUCUUGCAGGGAGCGCCACGCAAGCUCCUGGUCUUGUUGAUACAUUCAUCUGCAACUGCACAGAUUACCACAAAAUCACUGCAUCCAUGUUCGCGACCAACUUUGUUAUCAAAGACACGUAUUUAAAACACUUGCGUGGCAAAGAAAUGCUCACCAUCUAUUGCCAGCCGAAGACCACUAUCACUGGCAAGGCAAUGACCAACUUCUUCUGUUCUGUGUGUGGCUCGCUUAUGUAUCGCACGAGUGAGGUGUUCCCAGGACACAGCAUUUUGCGUACUGGAACGGUUGAUGAUUUUAGUCUGCAUGAGACGAAAUUGAGGCCAAGGGUGGAGAUAUUUACCAAGGACCACCCGAGUUGGCUCUGCGGUGCAAAUGGUGUUGGACAGUUUAAGGCAGCACCUCCGACGCUUAGGAAUACCCCCAUUCCAAAUCCCUGA